AUGAAUCAUCGGUCUUAUGCGGAUUUUCUCGCCGGUUCUUUUCCAUCUUCCUCGUCUGCUGGUCUGGGUUCCCCGGCUACACAAGGAACAAGUGUCCCUCAGCCACAGCCAGCAUCAAUCAUCGAGGAUAGGUUACUGAACGAGUUGUUGGUGGCACCAGGACGAGAGUUGCUUCCUAAGCUGAGCCCAAAUGGAGAACCAAAUACUAGCUGGUUUAGGCGAAGCAAUCGCAAUGCAAUUUGCAAGUCGAUUUUGAAGUGCUUUCACAGUCUCCUUCAGUUGCCUUAUCCGACGUAUGCACAUGUUCCAUUAGAAAUUCAGAAGAUGUGGCUCCGUUCAUUUGCGCAAGAUUGGAACUGGGACCCUCGUUUCACCAAUGAUGUGCGGACAGCCUUUAAUUUGCAGGCUAGAAAGCAGUACACGAGCAACGUGACUGAGUGGAAGAAAAAGUGGAGGCUGAAGAAGGAUAAACCCAUAUGUCUGAAUCAAGAUGUGUGCGAUGGGUUUAAAGCCUAUUGGCAGCUCGAUGCUACUGCACAUAUUGCAGCUACCAAUUCUGUUAAUAGAAGAAGCAAACGUGGUGGAAAAGGUGAAGCAGUACACAAUGGUGGUGCUAAGACACGAGAGGAACGUGAGAUAGAAAUGACUGCUGAAAGAGGUGGAGUGCCACCAGAUUGGUUAGAAUUGAUGAGGGAUAUGCACACCAAUAAACAAACCGCUGAGGUUCAAGAUCCUGUUGCGAGAGAGCUGUUGGCAACUCUGAGUAAGCUGAAGGAGGACAAAGAAGCACAACUUCAGCAGUCUCAGUUGUCUGCGAAUGAUGGAUCUAUGGCUUCUAACAUGCUGUCCCGCGAAGAGAUCAACCAACUGGUUCUCGAGAAUGUUCCUAUUAAGAAGGGUCGUCGGUAUGGUAUCGGUCGUACCUCCGAAGCUAUCUCAACCUCAUCAUCUCAGCACUCAGUUUCUUCCUCAAGUAUUCUUCAGUACAUCGAUCGGAUGAAGACGGAGCUUGAUGAAGAGCGGACAAAACAUCGAGCUAUUGAGGAAGAGCUUCGUCGCGUGACCGUUUUCAUUUCCAACCUUUGCCCCAAGCAGUACUCUGCAACUCAAACCCAGCCGGACUCUGCAACCCAAAGCCCCGACGAUCGAUGUUUCUAG